GACAGGACAGGGAAAGGAGGGUGGACAGAAAGAAAGAGAAAAAAAUUGAAAAGUUUACUACAGGUAGAAGUAAAAGAAGAAUGGGCAUCUAGGGCAUUACUUUAAAAAGGGAAAAGAGUGCAAAGGAAAUUAGGACAGGUUGUGAGGUAUGGGGUGUCCAGUUCUGUGUGUUAUUCUGCUGUCUUCACUACUUUGCCUUUAUGGGGUGCAAGCUCAGGACUUAAGAGAACGCGAUGCGCUCUGCAAUGAGGAUGGGUGCUAUGUACUUUACUUUCAGCGCAAGAUCUUCCUGGACGCCUGGCGGAGCUGCAAGGAACAAGACGGGAAUUUGGCUACCAUCAGACAUCCAAAGGAUGCAGAAACGGUCAGAGAACUCUUCUCCAACGUAGAACUGAGACAGCACCACAGAGGCAAGGCAAAUAUCUGGAUUGGCCUUCAGAGACAACCACGACAAUGUUCUCCCACCCGGCCCCUGCGUGGCUUCUCGUGGGUCACUGGAGAUCAGGACACCCAGUUCACAAACUGGCUUCAAGACGAUUCAGCAAGUACCUGCUCAUCUCCACGAUGUGUGGUGAUGCCCUACAGCACUGUAGCUGCUGACCGAGGGGAUAAUCUAAAAUGGAAAGAUGGACCUUGUUCGAUUUCAGUGGAUGGCUACCUGUGCAAGUACAACUUCCGAGGGAUGUGUACUGCUAUUGCUAGCGAGGGAGGAGGGAAUAUACUUUACAGUACUCCUUUUAACCUGCUGAGUACCAUCUUAACACAUGUCCCGUAUGGAUCUGUUGCAACUGUACCAUGUCUUGCUAAGGAUGACCAGUCAGUUCUGUGCACACAAAAGGAAGACGGAACUGUAUUUUGGAACAGAGAUCCACCUUUUUGCACUGAAACAUCUAAGACAAGUUGGUGCGAUCAGGAUAAUGGAGGCUGCCAUCACUUCUGCAUUGAAACUGGCUUGCACUACUACUGCGACUGCAAUGAGGGUUUUCUCCUGGCUGAAGAUGGGGUAAGCUGCUUUCCGUCUGACCCUUGCAAUGGAGCUCCAUGUGAGUUUGAGUGUUUGCCUGUGAUGGAUGGCUACCGCUGUGCCUGCCCUGAUGGCUACAUGUUGGCACCUGACGAACGGGGCUGUGUCGAUGUCGAUGAAUGCCUACAGAGUCCUUGUGAGCAUAUCUGUGUAAAUUCACCUGGAACUUUUGAAUGUCGCUGCCGGGAUGGGUACCAACAGGAUGAAGAUGGUGCUUGUGAGGAUGUGGACGAAUGUAUAAACAACCCGUGCGAACAUGCUUGUGAAAACACAAUGGGCUCCCAUAUUUGCCAUUGCCAUUAUGGUUUCGCCCCAUUGCAGGAGGACCAGAGUCACUGUCAUGACGUUGACGAAUGUCAAAUUGAAGGCACAUGUGAACAGAUGUGCAUCAAUUAUGAUGGAGGCUUUGAGUGCUACUGUGAAGAAGGCUAUAAUCUCCAACCUGACCAUUAUUCCUGCAGACCUCUUGGAGAGGACACAACCACUGUUUUUGACCCAUCGUCUACUCCCAUCUGGGGACCAGAGCACUCUUUAUACCCAUGGCACUUUUCCCACGGACCUGAUUUGAAAACACCUCAGGACUGGCAGACUAAGCUGCCCAAGGUGGAGACUGUUUCAACAGACUCACUUUUGACAUCUGAAGAGGAACCUGAAACAACUACACUGACUGAAAGCUUCCCUGAGGUCACUAAUAUUGAUGGUUACCUUCAUCCAGAAGAGCCGCGUCAUAAUGCAUUUUUUCCACCAACUACUCCAAAGCCCACACCAGACUAUUAUGAGGAUGAGAGCACCACAGUUCCCACAGAACUCCCUUCCUCCACAACUUUAGGCGGGGCUUGGAACUGGCUUUGGUUCAGCUCUACCCAAACAAAGCCUGAGAUACAGGAAACUGCAAAUAACCCUCUUGACUUCCCUGGAGACUACGACCCUUAUGACCCUGACCAUUUUAAUGACCAGUUUGAUAAUGAAUACACCACCUAUGGGCCAGAGCAGCAAACUUCCACCUUGUUCCCAAUGCAGUCACGAGGAGUAGGGGAAAAUGAUAUUCUUAAUGAAGACAGCAGCAGCGAGAAGAGCCACGGGACCAGCUGGUUGCUGGUUGGAUUGCUAGUCCCGCUUUGUAUAUUCAUUGUGGUGAUGGUGGUCCUGGGCAUUAUCUAUUGUACUCGCUACACAGUUAAACCACAGAACAAGAACACCAAUGAUUGCUAUCACUGGAUUGCUGGUGCUGGUGAUAAAGCGGCUGCUGACAUAUCAGGGAGCGGAACUAAGUCCCACGUUUAAGCAGGCAGAACUGUGACUGGACAGUGUGAAAAUGUAAAUAAACUGUUUUGUAACUUCACAGUCGAGGGAGUUUCAAUUUGAUGGAUUGGGGGGGAGGGGGCGCCCCAUCUUUUUCCCUUUGACAUUCUUCAGUCCAUAAUUAUUUGUGGAUGUUUAUCUGGACAGUUUGCUAAGAGAGCAAAUUGAGGCAGGGGGUAAGGAGGAAUGACUCUAAAACCACCGAGCCUCAUUCUCUGCUGUCCUCCAAGAGGCAAUAAAAAGCUGUUCUACUGUUGCUCACACACUGAUCUCUUAGUUUGCAAAACAGUUGCUCAACAGUCACAUGGCAAACAAGACAGCUUGCUAAAUUGAUGGGAAUGCAUGGUUGUGUAAUGUGGGUUAUUUAUUUUUCAAUUUAAAGAACUUCCCAUCUGAAUAGCUGUGUUUGUGACGUUUAAGAGAGUUAUGUCUUAAGAGAUUUGUUCUGAAAGGAGCCAUAAUUUCAAUCCAAUUUGAAUUUUGCUUCAUGUUGUGAUGUCAGUCUGAUAAAGACCAAAAAGAUUUAAUGUUGCCACCAAACUGUGCCUAACAAGUCUACAUAAAGUCCUUUCUAAGCAUUGUGUUUCAUGAGGUUCGCAUGCAUGCAGACCCUCAGAAGGGUCUUUUUUUUAAGAAUUCCAAAACAGUCAGUUUGCAGUAUAAUGUUUUAAUAAGUAACGGUAAGGGGGAAUAAACUUGUUCAAACCACAAACCAAUUUUCCUAAUUUUUUACUGUUUAAUAAAGUCCUCAAAAUGGU